AUGGCCACGUUGGCCUCGUCACCCCCGACCUCGCCCUCCUGGCCGAAGCGGCGCCCUCGAGCAUGGGCUCUCCGCUGCGAACGCUACUGUUGUGCCGCAGCAAGCUGCUUUCCACUCGUCUUUGUCUAUGGCCUUACAACCUGGGCGGUCUACGUCGCAAUCAGCAUCGGCAUCAAACCGUCGAAGAGUGACUGGAUUGGCAUCCCAAGUACAGCACUCGCAUUCACACUUUACGCUCUCCUGAACUUCUCCUACACCGUCGCCGUAUUCACCGAUCCGGGAUCUCCGACCCGUCGCGGCGCUGACCGCCACGAAUACAACGCUGUCCCUGUCUCCGAACAUCCGGAGUUCACCUCAUAUACUGUCAGCUCGACUGGUGAGUCGCGGUACUGCAAGAAAUGCCAGUGCCCAAAACCAGACCGCGCGCACCAUUGUUCAACGUGCAAGCGAUGCGUCUUGAAGAUGGACCACCACUGCCCGUGGCUGGCAACGUGCGUGGGACUGUAUAACUACAAAGCAUUUCUACUAUUCUUGAUCUACACUUCGCUGUUUUGUUGGGUUGUUUUUGGCGUUGCUUCUAUUUGGAUCUGGACUGAGAUCCUCAAUGAUACCCAAUACAUGGAUACCAUUUUACCCGUGAAUGUCGUUCUAUUGGCAAUCCUUGGUGGCAUCAUUGGGCUGGUCCUGACUGGAUUCACAGCAUGGCAUAUUAGUCUUGCUGUGCGCGGGACAACAACUAUCGAGUGCCUGGAGAGGACGCGGUAUGUCUCGCCUUUGCGCAAGGCAUUGGACCGGAAACGCAAUGAGCAACCGCCCAACGAUCACUACUGGGGUGAGCCGGAACCCAGCUUAGGUGAUCGACUCCAAGGGUAUGGCAACCAGAUUAUCGACGCGCAUGCCAAUGCCAUCCCAGGAGUCACGCGUGCCGAAGAAGGCGAAGAGCGCCUAUCUCCCGCACCACGCUCAACAGAUCACCUGUCCGGUGCUACAGUCCCAGACAACCAUCUCACACCAGCCCAACAAGCUCUAACGCGGUCAUACGCCGAAAUGGAACGACAGCGUGAGCAUGAACGGUACCAAGAGUACCAAAACGACGAAGACAACGAGAAAAUGCCCAGCGCCUUCGACCACGGCUGGCGCCGAAACCUCCUCCACCUCUUCGGCGAACGACCGCUCCUCUGGGCCGUCCCGGUCUGCACAACGACCGGCGAUGGUUGGGGCUGGGAACCCAGUGAGAAAUUCCUCGAAGCUCGAGAUCGUAUGCGAUUUCAGCGUGAGCAGAAUUCUUCCGAGGAGCAGCAGUACUACCGCGAGCUGUACCAGCGUAAUCUGGAUAACAGUCGCAGCUGGAGAGACCCUAACUCUACGCAAGCUUUGCGCACGCCGAAACGUGGUACCACUCCCGAGCGGCCUCCCACUAGUGUCUCCAUGCAGACUCUUGCUCCUAGGUCUCCUAGACCGAGACCUGGUGAUAGUGAUUUCGAGGAUGAGAUUGAAGGGAACGGAUUGUUGGAUCCGGGGGUUGGACGUCCUCGGACGUCACGCUCCGACACAGAUGAAUGGCGCGAUUGGGAUUAA